AUGGAACGAUAUUUAUUGAGACAAGGUCUUCCUUUCCGUGGCCAUGAUGAAAGCGAAACAUCUAGCAAUAAGGGUAAUUAUGUGGAGCUUUUGCAAUUUCUUGCCGAUCAUGAUGAGAAAGUUCGUGCCGUUGUGUUUGAGAACGCUCCAGGGAAUCUCAAGUAUAUUGCUCCUAAAAUUCAAAAAGAGCUUGUCAAUUCUUGUGCCUCUGAAACCAUUGAUGCAAUUAUUAGUGAUAUGGACGAUGCAUUCUUUUCUAUAUUGGUAGAUGAAUCACAUGAUGUUUCAAUAAGAGAGCAAAUGGCAGUGGUGUUGCGUUAUGUGAACAAAAAAGGGCAAGUAAUUGAAAGGUUUGUGGGUGUCCAAUAUGUCUCUGAUACGACUAGUAGCAAAUUGAAAGAGGCAAUUGAGCAGUUGAUUUCUUCAACAAAUUUGAGCAUGUCUAGGCUACGAGGACAGGGGUAUGAUGGCGCUAGUAAUAUGAGAGGUGAGCUCAAUGGUCUUAAAACACAGAUUUUGAGAGAAUAUCCUCAAGCAUAUUAUGUCCAUUGUUUUGCACAUCAACUACAACUAGCUCUUGUAGCCGUGGCAAAGGGAAAUGAAAACAUUGCUACUUUCUUCACAACGGCUAGUAGUGUCGUUAAUAUUAUUGGAGCAUCGUGUAAGCGUCGUGAUGCACUUAGAGAGCAACAACAAAAAGAUAUUAUGAAAGCUCUUGAAAUUGAUGAUCUUGAAACGGGGCAAGGGUUAAAUCAAGAGACUACUCUCAAACGCCCUUGUGAUACACGUUGGAACUCACAUUAUGAUACUUUACUUAGUAUUAAUACUAUGUUUCAUCCCGUGGUAAAGGUGCUUGAAUGGAUUGUUGAUGAUGUCAACCAAGAUAAUUUAGUCACAAAUGAUUUGUCAAAGGCAUUACAAAAGAAAGAUCAAGAUAUUGUGAAUGCAAUGAUGUUGGUCCAAAGAUGUAAGCAAAAGCUACAAUCCGUGAGGGAUGAUGACUUUAAUAAUUUGCUUGGCGAAGUAUCAAGAUUUUGUGGCAACAAUGAUAUUGACGUUCCUAACAUGGAUGCUUAG